GCAAGCGAAAGGGGCAGUGAGCGCGAGCCGGAGUUGUGCAGUGGAAAGAAGCCGAGGGGAAUGUGCGAGCAGCUGCCAGACGUCUCCCCAGCCUCCGCUGCCACCGUCCACUACCUCUCUCCAGUGCGUGGCUUCUCCUAGUGUCCGGAAAAAGGACAGGAAAAUAAAAGGGGCAGUGUUGGGGAUCCGGGAAGCCGCAAGAAGAAGGAGUGGUUCUAGUGGAGAGAUUGCAGCGCUGUGCAGCCUGGUGGGAGCUCCCAUCGGCCUGCAAUUGGGAGAAGGGAGCAAGCCCUGGAGCUGCUCCCAGCGGCGGCAGGAGUACCCCCAUCCCAGCCAGCGGCACCGGCACCGGCACCGGCACCGGCACCGGCACCAGCACCAGCAGCUCACGAGGCGAAGAGGCUCAGCCGGCCAAAUUAGCCGAGACUAGGACGACAGGAGGCAGCCGCCACUCUCCUCUGCUCCCGGAGCCAGACACGAGCUGUUCCUGAAGCUGGUCUGGGGGUCUCCGGCUUCUUUCGGCAGAGGGCUUGUUGGUAUUGGUGGGGGAGGUGCUUUUUUUCAGCGGGGUCUUCGGACUGAGUCUCCAGGCAUUUCAUAUCUGCCCUCCAUGGUACACUGGGCUGCACCGCAGGAAGGGUUUCCUUGCACAGCGCGAGUUUUUCAACGUGAACCACGCGGACAAAGUUUGGAAAUGGGGAGGGAGAAAUUGAGGAGCCGCCGCACUUGCUGUUGCACUUGCUUGUAACAAGCGCCCUCAACACCCCCUAGCCCACCUCCCUUGCGCGCUCUCCUCUCCUUUCUAUCCCCUGAUCUCUGUUGCCGAGGGGUAUAAAGCGGGUCCCGCCUCGCCUGUCACCCUGGAAUCUGACUGCUGGUGUCCCUCGGGAGUGUAAUUAAUUGGCCCAGUGGAAAGGGCGUGGGCCCCGGGAAAGGAACUCCCUGGGUGCUUCUGUUGGCUUUUGGGGGGCGUAUACUCGGUGGGAUGUCCGUGGAGUUGACGCUUGCUUGGGAACACCUCUAAGAGCCAUCACUCCCCGCCACCAUAGUGGGGUCGUCCCCGCAGUUCCUCUGACUUGCCACAGGAACUACUACAGCCUGGGAGCCACCAGGCUUCCAUUCUCUCAGACCCCUGAAAGCUCCUGCCCAACUACUCUCCACCGCGACUGUACCGUUAGGACGCUGGAGAAUGUGGGGAUGAUGGCUUAGGAGCCGCCUUCUCCAUCAAAUCUUCGAUCACCCUCGUUCCAUUUCCUCUGGACUGGAGGGGAAAGAAGGGUGCUGACCGCAUGGAAAGGGGCAAGCUCCGCCAGGACUUCUUCUGAACCCGCUUUGUGACUGUCCCUUCUACUCAGGCCCGGGAUCUUUGUCAGAGCCCCGGGUCCGGGCGCUAACCGGCAUAAGUGUCCCCACGGGGUCCCUCCGCCCACUGGAGCCCAAGCUCCGGGUGGUGCCAUGUGGGGCGGCCGUCUGUGGUGCUGCUCGUCCUCCUCCUCGCCCCCCACCCUCCUGCAGCUGCUGCUGGCGGCGCUGCUGGCGGCAGGGGCGCGGGCCAGCGGGGAGUACUGCCACGGCUGGCUGGACGCGCAGGGCGUCUGGCGGAUCGGCUUCCAGUGUCCCGAGCGCUUCGACGGCGGCGAUGCUACCAUCUGCUGCGGCAGCUGCGCCUUGCGCUACUGCUGCUCCAGCGCCGACGCGCGGCUGGACCAGGGCGGCUGCGACAACGACCGCCAGCAGGGGGGUAGCGAGCCGGGCCGCUCGGACAAAGACAGCCCCGACGGCGCCGCAGUGCCCAUCUAUGUGCCCUUCCUCAUCGUGGGGUCCGUGUUCGUUGCCUUUAUCAUCCUGGGGUCUUUAGUGGCCGCUUGCUGCUGCAGAUGUUUGCGGCCCAAGCAGGAACCCCAGCAGAGCAGAGCCCCUGGAGGGAACCGACUGAUGGAGACCAUCCCCAUGAUUCCAAGUGCCAGCACUUCUCGUGGAUCCUCCUCCCGUCAGUCAAGCACCGCUGCCAGCUCAAGUUCCAGUGCCAAUUCGGGUGCCAGAGCUCCCCCAACAAGGUCACAGACCAACUGCUGUUUGCCAGAAGGGACCAUGAAUAAUGUAUAUGUCAACAUGCCAACUAAUUUCUCAGUCUUGAACUGUCAGCAGGCUACCCAGAUUGUGCCCCACCAAGGGCAGUACCUGCACCCCCAGUAUGUGGGCUACACGGUACAACAUGACUCCAUGCCCAUGACACCUGUGCCGCCCUUCCUGGACGGGCUGCAGACUGGAUACAGGCAAAUUCAGUCCCCUUAUCCCCAUGGCAGUAGUGAACAGAAGAUGUACCCAGCAGUGACUGUGUAAACUCACGGACCAUAAAACUGGCUUUCAGUACCUAAGAUGAACAGGCAAGAAAUACUUUGGGAAUGAAUCCACAUAUGGGGAAAAAGUCACUAAAUGGAAGUCUUUGAAUGUGGGAUGGCAUUUUUUUUUUCGGAAAGCAUUUCUUUUUGAGGGGUUCAUUUGCUCCAAACACUAUGACAGUAGCUCUCAAUUAACAUGUCCAGAUAUGUUUCAUUCCAGUGCAUGAUUUUUAUUGGGGAAAAAAAAGAUUAUGUUGAAGAUGUACAUGUGUUUUUGAUAACUGUGUGUGUGUGUGUGUGUGUGUGUGUGUGUGUGUGUGUGUGUGUAUGAAGAGAAAUGCUUGAGCCAACAAGUGCCCUUUAGGUACAGUAGUCAAAAGAAUUUUGUAAGUUGCUAGAGUAAGGUGGCUUCUUUUUCUCCCCCACUCCUGCCCGUUCACUUGUACAAGAUCAUGAUAUUUGUUACCUCUUUUUCUUUUUGACUAUUUUUAGACAAUCAAUUUGGCAGUGGAAGACAAAAUAAUGCAAUUAUAAAUGAAACUGUCCAUUGGAUCUCAGCAUUUCCCAGGCACAUCUUAGUUUCAAUGUAAAAUUAUGUAUUUUGUCUAGUUUUGUGAUUGUGAAAAGCUCCUUUAUUUAUGUAAUAAUCUUAUGACAAAAUGGUUUUUUAUGUACAAAAAAAAAAGUCGCCAUUCAUUGAAAUAUGGUAUAGAGGCUUUACCAAGGAAGACUCUGGGGUUAUUUUUAAUCUUAAAGAAGGGUGGAGUAGCAAUAAAACCAUGAACUCUCUUCCUGAUUGUAUUUUAAUCUGACUUUAUCAUAGCAUCUAAUAAGGUGCAAGACUUGAUUAUUCACCUUAAUGAUAUUUUAUGCUUUCAAUUAAAAAAAUCAGUUACUGCCAUUCCGAGUUACUUUUUGCAAUGGAAAGUUGUCCAUCUUGGUAUUUUGUUCUGCUUGGGUUUUCAGAGGCUGAAUUCCUGGACAGUAGUAAGUGCAUUUCAGCUAUAGAUGAAAAGGAGGGUCACUAUUUCUGCCUAGACCUGGUGAGAAUGACUUACUGUUUACAUAUGAUCAACACAGAUAAAAUAAAAUAAAAAUUUACUUAAUAGGACUUUUUUUUUUUUUUUUUUUUUUUUUUUUUUUGCCAUAAUCCAGAUGUUGAGGGGAAAAUAUAUACUAUAGACUUAGGACCUUUGGCCAAAAUUAGGAUAUCUAACAGCUAUUGGAGAAUAGGCAGAUAUAUUAUAUACCCUUCAAUGAAACUUUUCUGACAUGGCUUACUAUUUCCCAUCAUGAGUCCCAUCAAGGACUCAUAUCAAGACAAAAGUUUACAAAUAUGCUAACUUUAUUCAGUAAGGAAGUUAGGCAUUUCUUGUUUUCUUCUCUCUUUCAGUCUCUCUGCAAGAAGCACCCCAGUCAUUGCACAUACCCAGAUAAGGACCCUUGCUCUGAUUUAUGAAAUUCAGGUGAAUCUCAUUGUAUAUUGUUUACGUAAUAAAAAAAAAAAGUAAGUUAAGUAUGUGGAAAUUAUUUUAUUAGCUGGUGGAGACAUAAGAUUCUGAUUGUUAAUUAAAAUUUUGUGAAGUGUGGUAUUUUACAUGUUUUAUAUAUGUCAUGGAUAAUGCAAGACUAUGUCAGUAUCUGGUAUGAUUUUAAAAUUUCAAAAAAGGAUUCCUAACUAAGAUGUUUUUACAAUUGAAGAAAAAAAAUAUUGUU